AUGGCGGGAAGAGCAGAAGAUAUGUGUUCCUCUUGCUUCGAGAACACGAAAUAUACGUGUCUGAGGUGUAAGAAUUACUUUUGUAUGCGGUGUUCCGUAUUUGAAAAUGAUGAAAGUGUAGCGGGUUGGAAAGCAGGCAGUUCGGUAGCGUACUGCGAGUCAUGUUUUCGAGAGAAAAUGAUUCUUGAAGAAACCGAAGGCAAUGAUCACGAGGAGACCAGUGUGGGUCAGAAAAGCCAAGAGUCAAGCUUGAAUGUUAAGUCCACAAAGCCGCCCGCUAUGAAAAGGUAUGCUUCUCAGGUCAUUCUGAUAUUAUUUCUCUGAAAAGCCCCGAGGGGACGUGAAUUAAGUAAAGUACGUAAGCUUAAGUAUUGAUAAUGUCCCUUCUUUUGUUCUAAACGGGCUACACACUCAAAUUAAAUUUGCUUGUUUGGUCAGUUUGAGCUAAUAAGCAAAUGCUAAGGUUUGCCAUGGAUAUCUCGGUCCUAAACUUUUUUUGUUUACUUUUUUACUGAAAGGUCAUGAGAAAAGACAUUUUUAAAGAAAAACAUGUGAUCGUUUCAGUUAACAUCAUUAUAUUCAUAAUUUCCUCUGCGGAGAUUGUAGGAAGUUUCAAAUAGUAAAAUUUGGUUGUCUAAUUUUCACCAACCCAGGUUAUGAAACAUAAUUAUAAUAAGCUGAUGAAGCUAAUAUCUAGAUUUGAAUGUUUGUCCUAUAGCAAAAACAUUGACACAAAUGAGGAUGAAGAUGAUGUUACAAGUGAAGAGGGUGAUGACAAUGAAGAUGUGGACAAAGCUUUGUCACUAUUUGUAAAGAAAGGAAAGGCCAGGAAGGGCAAAAGACCUGGGCGAAGACCUCGAUGGUGCCCGAAAGUUCUUGAUGAUUUCAUUGACAUUGUUGUUAACAGCAAUGAGUUUAAAACCAAACUGAUUUUUACGAACACCAAGAAUCAGAGAAAUAGUCCAAUUUAUGCCAAAAUCUUGGAUGAGCUGAAAGGCAGGGCAUCAGCAAGAGGUGACAAGUUCAACAUGUCAAUUGCCCAGCUGAGGACCAAGUUCAAAAAGUGUGUCAGCCAGUGUAAACAAGCUGCACUAACUCAGAAAACUGCAACAGGAAUAAAGAGGUACCAGGAAGACCAUGGGUUUGGAAGCUGGUUCAAUGCCUUGUUUGCAGUGGUUAAAACGAGGGAUUCCUGUCAGCCUGAACGUGCUUUAGAGCCAUCAUCAUCGUCCUCUCCAUGUACCCCUGGAAGUUCUCAUGAUGACCACCCUUCUGAUAAUGCUGGGGACGAAGAUGCCCUGUAUAUACCAAAAAGGUCUGCAAAGAAGGAGAAAUUUGCUAAAGAUAAACUUGACAACACCCAAGUGAUGAAACUCAUCACUGAAGUUGUCAGAAAUGACCCCACAAAAGAGAUGAUCAGCUUUCUGAAAGACGAAAUGGAAAAGUCCCGAGAGCAUGAGUUGAAGUUAUUUCAACUCAUGCUUGGUCAUAGAGCCAAUUCAGGCUUGCCUCCAUCAUCCAGUAUGGUGCCUCCAUCCUCCAAUAUGGAAACAGGGUUUUACCAAUCAUGGAAUCAGGGCUUUCCCUGUCAUGAAGCAGGGUUUUACCCAUCAUUGCAGGGUUCUCAAGGGCCACAACAAACCACCCAGGAAAGCAUGUCUGAAGGUUCUUAUGGGAACCCUUUCCUUUAUGGCAAUGGAAAAUACCAGACAUUGUAG